CAAUACCUAAAAACUUAGACAAGACUAAUAAUUGCAAAAGGAACCAUUCUGUUAUCCUUGAAAACCAGAACAAGUAUUUCGGAAUAAGCAAGCAGCGCGACUACUUCUUGGAAAUGAGUCAAAUGGCACAGGCACAGUUGAAAGCUCCCUAUUUCAGAGAUGCGUCAACACAAACAGAAGAUCACGCCAAGAAAGAACCGGAAAGUGAGGAGAAAGUCCUGCCAGAUGCACCUACCGAUGGCGAACCCCCCGUCAAAAGGCAUCUAACCACCAACUCCACUUAUACAUAUACGCUAUCUACCAAUAACACUACUGAUACCUUAUAUUAAGGGAAAGGUGCAGGGGCACAGAAUGGAAUUUAAAAUAUUUCGGACUAAUAAACGUUCGGGAAAUAGAUAGACCUACUAAAGGAAAAUAGAAGAAAAUGACAUUGUCUUAAUUAGGCCCCGAUAAUUCGCAUUGUAAUUUGGAAAAAAAAUAAAGUAACAUUCUAUGGGCACC